AGUGAUUUUGGUCAGUAAUGGCGACAUGUGCCUUGAAAGAUUUGUUGACGAAGUGUUUUGUGGUUAAUUAUACUUCUUCUAUGUAAAUGACAGUACCAAACAAGUGCACCAUAAUCUAUCCUUUUGAUUAUGUUGAUUUAAUAGAAAACUACAGUUAUUAUUGUAAGUUUGAAGACUGUGAAGAGUAAAAUUUGCCAAGCAACGUGGCCAUCUGCAAGUUUUUGUUCAAUGAUUGCGCAAGUUUAAAUUAAAACUUCACGAUGGCAACCAUUCUACCAUGAUUUCCAAUGUUUCACUAUCCUUUUGCGAGUAAUUAGUCAUCGUGAAUUGACUAAUUAGCUUAAGAGUAACAAUAUUUCGCACGGCCUCUGAUAUGUUGACACAAUUAUUUUGUGAAGGUUGAGAAGUUACAAUCAGAAUAUUUUAUAACCUCAUUUCUCAAAAAGGGAGGUUUGACAGUGUAACAAUAUGUCUGCAGCAGUAACUGCAGUUUCAAAAACUGAAACUGAAACUUUUCAUUCUGGUUCCACUUCAUGUGAAACAGCAAGCAUGAAUUCUCAACCAGUUGAGAAUGUAUGGACUAAACGUUCACUUGAGAAACAAACAUCAGUUCCACAACAAACAUCAGUUCCACAAGAGUCACAUCCUCCUGUGGAAGCAACACUAAAAGCAUCUGGUGAUGAAGAAAGUAAGGAACUUAUAGGUGAUGAAGAAUUCACUGAGGUGAAAAGCAAAAAAGAGAAACGUGAAAAGGACUAUAGAGAAGAGAGAAUCAAAGAUGAUAAGUCAAAAAGGACUGAGAAAAAGGAUUUAGAAAGAAAAGACUCUGAUAAACGUGAAAAGAAAGAUGCAGAGGAGAAGAAAGAAGAAAUAGUUAAGAAAUUUGACAAUGUUAACUAUGUUGAGGCUCCUCUUCCCAAGACUAACCCAUGGGCAGUAACAAAGUCACCAACUGCUAAGAAGCAAAGUCUUGAGACCGUCACAGCAGCUCCAGCAGUGAAGGUGGCGGAACCAAAGAAGUCUCCAGUGCCGGAGCUCAAAGAUACUCACUCAAAUGCUGUCAACAGGCAAGCAAAGGACACUAGCAAUUUAAGUGAUGAGAACUGGCCAGCCUUAAGUGAAGUGACCGAAGUGACCUCUCCUACCUUGUUGAAGGGAAAAACUGCGCCGCCCACCAUGAAACCAGCCCCACCGGUGGCAACCAGUCAACCGCCCCUGCCCAGCCCUCCUGCCACUAACACCAGCAAUAACCAGUCAAAUAGUGACUCAGGGGGCGACGAUUCAUCAAAGGAGAACAAGGAGAACAAUUCCUCCAAUGACGAGGGCAGUAAGACACCAAAGAGAAAGGGCGCCAAGCAGAAGUGGGUUCCUAUGAAUAUUGAUCACAAGUCAGGUCGUCACAGGCGCAGUAGAAGUGCAGGUAGAGCUUACCGCAGUGGCUCUGCGGUUGAAAAGGCUGCAGAAAGAAACAGACCAGAACGCAAUAGAUUUGGCUCAGAGUCAGAGAAUUGGCGUAAGGACAUGCGCCCUCCCAGCCCCAGGGGUGGCCAUGCCAGACGGGGUGGCAGGGGAGGUGGAGGAAUGAGGGGAAGGGGAGGCCGAGGUGGCGGCAGGGGGCGGGGUGGCAGGAUAGAUGCAGAUAGUCUUACAGGUCCCAAUAUGCACUAUGCAGUUACGGACCCAGCAUUGUUCAGCAACCCCACCCAGGGGCCGUUCUUCUUCAGCAUGCCAUACCUCGAUGAUGCAACUAUCAAGGACUAUGUAAAAAAGCAAAUUGAAUACUACUUCAGUGAGGAGAAUCUGCAGAGAGACUUCUUUCUGCGCCGCAAGAUGCAGAAGGGUGGUUGGAUACCCAUCAGUUUGAUUGCCAGUUUUCACAGAGUGCAGGCUCUCACCCAGAAUGUGGCCCUCAUAGUAGAGUCCCUGGUGGAGAGCUCAUGCCUAGAGUUGUCGGAGGAUCGCACUCGGGUUCGAGGAAUCAAAGAGCCCGAGAAGUGGCCCCUGGAGGACUCGAUGGCCAUCAACCCUGGGGCACUGGCUGCCACACGACUUCAACCGGACGUCCCGGAGUUUGUGCCCGGUCAGCUUCACGCUGACGUGCCGGAAUUUGUACCUGGGAAGAUGUAUUCCUUCACGGGACAAUCUGACAAUGGAGAUGAUGACCAUCGCUUAGGCAGGCAGUCGAGUAGACAAGACGACAUCUAUGCCCCCAAGCUGUCCUCCAGCGCCCCGGAGCUCCAGGGAGAGUGGAUGGAGGUCAAGAAACGAGCCAAAGACAAGAAGGAGAAAAAGAGAAAGAAGGAUCCCACUGGCAGUGAAGACAGGCCUCAGCAAGAGGAGCUGGACUUCAUGUUUGAUGAGGAGAUGACAGAAUUUGAAGGAGUUGGCAGGAGAAAUAAUUUCACAGAGUGGUCUGAUGAUGAUGACGACGACUACGAGAUACCAGACAGUGAGAUCAACAAGAUCCUCAUCGUCACCCAGACGCCUCCCGCGUUUCGGAAACAUCCGGGUGGAGACCGGACGGGCGACCACACGCCGCGCUCCAAAAUCACUUCGGAGAUGCACAAGCUGAUAAACGACGGGCUGUAUUACUACGAGCAGGACCUGUGGGACGAUAGCGAAUUGAUGAACGACUUUGAGAAGUUCAAGACAGUGAACAUUAUAUCAAAAGAGACAUUUGAACAGAUGGUGCCUCCAAAACUUGCUGAGGAACAGGAAGUUCCCCCUCCGCCCCCCUCAGCUGUCACUACGGAGACAGAGGAUACCACGAUGGAGGCGUUGAAGGUCCCUAGUCCGAGAGCUGCCCAGGACGAGAUGGCCAAAUCCCUUCCAACCUAUGUGCCCAACACUCCAGGCAGGCGAGAUCAUGGGUCCCGCACACCUCGUCAGCGCACGGACUCCGAGAAAGUGCGCUUCUACCCGGUCACCAAGGAUUCCACAAAGCCACCUGAUCCACAGACGCCACGCAAGGCCAAGACGAAGCACAUGAGCAACCCGCCAGUAGAGGGCCAUGUUGGCUGGGUGAUGGACUACAAGGAGCACAAGCCCCAGCGCUCCAGGAACAACUCAGCCUCCUACAGUGAAUGUGAUAUCCCGUCAAGCUACGGCUCGUAUGGCAGCUACAGCAGCACGCCGCAUGCAUUCCCCAACUUCCAGCACCCAUCCCAUGAGCUGCUCAGUGAUAACGGGUUUGUGUGGCAUGUAUAUCACAAGUACCACGCAAAGUGUGUCAAGGAACGUAAAAAGAUGGGGCCUGGAUUGUCACAAGAGAUGAACACGUUGUUUCGAUUCUGGUCAUUCUUUCUACGUCAGCAUUUUAACAAGAAAAUGUACACAGAGUUCAAGACUUUGGCUGUUGAGGACUCACAAGCUGGACACCGGUAUGGAGUGGAGUGCUUGUUUCGGUACUUCAGCUACGGGCUAGAAAAGAGAUUCCGCUCGGAUUUAUUUCAAGACUUCCAAGAGGAGGUUAUACGAGACUAUGAGCAUGGUCAGCUGUAUGGACUGGAGAAGUUCUGGGCAUUCCUCAAGUAUUCUAGAAAGCACGUCGACGUGGAUGCCAAACUGAAGGGCUGGCUCAGCAAGUACAAACGCCUCGAAGACUUCCGAGUCGAUUCUGUGGAAGAGGACACCCAUGUAGUCCACCACUCCAGCCUAUCUACCACUGGCCAUAAGACUCGCCACGGCUCAGGCCAGGGCCAGAGCCAAUCAAAAUCCAGGGGGCAGUCACAUGGCCCCAGUGGCAGCCAAUCACAGCAGUCGACACAAGGCAAGAACAGUUCCUCCGGCCAAUCACAGCAAGGCUCUCAGAGCAAAGGUGCUGACAGUAAAACUAGCCAAUCAACGUCACAUGGAACUAAGAACAGUGACUCAAAGUCUGGCCAAUCUCAGGCUGCAAAAGCAAAGCCCCCUGGCAAAGCAGGAUCAUCGCACUCCAACCAUCCGAAAGGCCCCAACCAGUCUGGAAAGGCACCAAAAGAUACCAGUCAAACUGAAAAGCACGCAUUGGAUAAAAAAUCAGACUCGCAACCUAAAUCUAAGGCUGAUGCACCAUCGAAGGGUGACACGGCUAAAGCUGUUACAUCUGCUGAGCCAACCUCCCCAAAGAAGUGAAAGCUGUUGUGAUUUCAGGCGGGUGGGGAUGUUUUUGUGGAAUGAACUGGCUAAAAUAACUUCUUUCCCCAGAUAUUUCAAAUUUGAAUCGUUGAAUUCUGGCAUUAAUGAAAUACUUUUCUGUGCAAGUAUUUUAUCAAUUAUUGUUAAAAAUCUUUUUCUAUAAAGUGUGUUCCUUAUUGCAAGGUUUAGCUGUACCACUUUUAAAUUUUCAAAUUAAGAGAGAUAUUAGUAAAGAAAAAAUCCACAUUAGACAAUUUUUAUUAUAUUUUUUUUUAUUAAAGAGACCUUAUGUGUUCAUUACAGUUCUGAUCAUUUUAAAAAUUAAUUAAACAGAUUUUAAAACUUUUUAUGCCCCCGGAUCGAAUGAUAGGGGACAUAUUGUUUUUGGCCUGUCUGUCUGUCAUUGUGUCAUUGUGUGUGUCCCAAAACUUUGACCAAGGUUAAAGUUUUGCAAUAACUUUUGCAAUAUUGAAGAUAGCAACUUGAUAUUUGGCAUGCAUGUGUAUCUUGUGGAACCGCACAUUUUGAGUGGUGAAAGGUCAAGGUCAUCCUUCAAGGUCAAAGGUCAAAUUUAUGGCUUCAAAGCGGCGCAAUAGGGGGCAUUGUGUUUCUGACAAACACAUCUCUUGUUACAUUAGAAAGUAGUGUAGUUAAUGAGUAUUGUAAGCAUUAAGUGUGUGUAUUUUUUACAUAACACUUUAUUUGAUUGCAUUCUUUAAUAUUUGGCUUAUGUCACAAUUUAGUAGAAUUUAACCUUAUGAACACCCUAGCGGGCAAUUUUAUCAUUGUUUUAUUAGUAAAAAGAUGCAUUAGGCAUCAAAUUAAGGAUUUGACUUCUACUUGGCCAGAGGAAAAGUAUUUUUGAACAUAUAAUUGCCUCUACUCUUUUGAAGAAAGGUUGCCCAAUCUUUAAAUCAUUAUGAUUGCUGACACAUAAACAGACAUGCAUGACAAGAUUGUAAUUAAUUAAACAAAUGUUAUUCAAAUAAAUAAUCUUAUAAUGAAUAAUGUUCAGAAAUGUAUAGAAACAACUAUACUGUUAUGUGUUUCUGAUAAUUAUCUAUAUAAAAAAGGCACAGUAAAUAGAAUGUUGUUUUAAUUCUUCAGACAAGAAUGUUUUCAUGAGGUUUGGAGAGUUUUUUUUGUGAUUCUUUUUGUGUAUUGUUUUGCUUUCUAAAGUUUUUUUUUAAUUUGGAUUUUUUACGAUGGGCAUGAAUGACACAUUGCCUAACUGAAUGUAUUUUCAUUGGCGACUAGCAUCCUAAUGGCCAUUUCUUAUCUGUUUUACAAAUAAAUCUUAACAUUACAUUUACAAUAAGUGAAUGAUGUUUAUUAUUUGCUAAAGAAAUAUAACAUAGACCUGUCACUUUUCUAAUUUAUUUGCCCCUUGGGAUUUCGCCUAUUCUUUUAAAAAACAUUUGCCCGAGAACUUUCUACAGGAUAGGGCAAGUUAGAAUGACCUUAUGAAUACCCUGUGACCUUCAAUUUCAGACGGGUCUCUUGAUUUUAUGCAAUUUAAUGUUAUUUGUGUUUGAAAUAUGAAUGGUUUGUUUUAUACUUUAAUGGAGCAAGGCAUUUGAUGAUGUCAUCAGUAGUAACACAAAAAAUUGAUGCAGUUCAUGAGGUGUUUAGAGAAAACAAAUGAAUAGAUUAUUGUUGUUAAGUGUAUUCACAGAUAUUUCUGUUGUUGUUGUGAUUAUAGUUACAAAAAUUGUAAAUUGGUUCCCAUAGUCAAUAAGCACAGAUGUUUUGAUACAAUUUACAGACUUUUGUUAUUUAAUAGUGUGAGAGGAAUUGUGCUUGUGCACAUUAUUAUUUUUCUGCACUUUCAUCAAGGUAGAAUGCAAAUAAUAAAAAUCAUGGAUUACCACAAUAAAUUGAGGUUUAUAUCAGAAAGCUUUGUAAACCAUCUGGUUAUUGGAAUGUUAAUUGUUAUUAUUUAUUGAAUAAAUGUCCACUUUUUCAUAUUUUGUAUUAACUGUUCUUGCAAUAAUUAUCUAUUAUAUUUUUUGGUAUAUGGAUAUAAACUUCAUAACCUUGCCAAAUUGGUCAGUCUGUAAACAUAAUAAUGCUGUUUUCUUAAUGCUUAAGAUUUUACAAGACCUCUUGAACAUUUAAAUACUAUCGCCCUGAAAUGGCAACACAUUGUUUGGUGUUUUGACCGAUGUGGUUUUCUCUUGUGAGUAAUUUGCAGUACCAGUACUUUUUAUACAUUUUCGGACAACAAUUAUGGUUGUUGAAAUCCUGUCAAUUGGAAAGAGUGGAUCCAUUUUUGUAUUAAAAUGUUAAAUAAUAAAAAGUAUAAAAAAAAAAAAUUACAAAAAAAGUAGAAAAGCUGUUACAUAAUAAUGUAUAAAAAGAAAAACCUGUUGCCAUACUACUGCAUGUGUAAUCAGUUGUUUCCUUUUGAUUGUUAUUUGCGCUGGACUCAGAUAUUUGUUAUUAUUUGAAAUGUAGCUAAUCGGUAUCUUAACGUUUCCAAACGCCAUUGCAUUUUAAUGUGUGCUCCAUUUUCAUUGUGUAACCAUGUUCCUGUUUGUUAUGAUUGUGUUCAUAUGUCUGCAUUUCGAUUGUUUGUGCUGCAUAUGUUAUUAACUCCAUCUUUUGCAAGUUAAUGAGGAGACUAUUAUGGACAAUUUAAAAUAUCUUAAUGGUAUUUUAAGCGAUUGAUAAUUGAGGGAAAACAUGUAUUUAAAUGUACUUACCAGAAUGCAGAAAUGUUGAAAGAACUUACUCUUCAAACACAUAGUGAUAAACUAUAUAACAGUAUUUCUCCAUGCAUGCAUUUUUGUCAUGACAAAGUUAGCUUUUUAUGCCCCCUGAUCGAAAGAUCGGGGGCAUAUUGUUUUUGGCCUGUCUGUCUGUCUGUCAUUCAUUAAUUGUGUGUGUCCCAAAACUUUAACCUUGGUUAAAGUUUUGCAAUAACUUUUGCAUGAUUGAAGAUAGCAACUUGAUAUUUGGCAUGCAUGUGUAUCUCAUGGAGCUGCACAUUUUGAGUGGUGAAAGGUCAAGGUCAUCUAUAUGGCUUCAAAGCGGGGCAAUAGGGGGCAUUGUGUUUCUGACAAACACAUCUCUUGUUUGCUUCUCAUAAACUUUUUGUCAGUGUUUAUGAAUGAUAUUUUGUUAUCACUGUUACUGAUAUUCGUAAAUUAAGGUGUGAUUUUGUAUUGUCUUUGUUAAAACUGUUACAUGCAUACACAUAACUAGAAGUUGCAUAGUUCAUGUGUGUUAUGUGUUAUUUUCAAUAACUUUCUUUUAAAGUGUUUUUAUAAAGCAUUUUAUAGUUUAAUAUGAGUACAUGUAUAUUGUUUCUUUUAAUGGCGUGUUAUGCACACUUGUUAUGCUAUUUUAAAAGCUUUUGAUCUCUUUCCAAAUGUCACUUUACUUCUGCUGUAGAAGAAAAUCUCUAAACUUAAAGCAAAAUGUAACAAAUUUGAUUUAAUUACUGCAUCGCUCGUAUUGCUAGACAUUCCUAAUACAGAAGAGUUUGCUUAAUCAGUUUUACUUGCUAUUUUUAGAGAUAAUGAUAUUUGCCUUAAUUUUAAUUAUUUGUGAUUUAAUGUUUUCUUAAUUUGUGGUAAAUGGAAUUGAUCAUAAUGGUGUACAUACAUUGUGCAGUUUAUCAUUUUGUAAUGUUUUACUUACAGCUUGAGUGUUCUGGCAUAAUUUGUUUUCAUAUUGUUAAUAUAUGGACAUCAAUAUCAUUGUGUUUUGAAAGUGUUAAUAUGUAUGGAUUUUUGUUUGUGCAAUUUGUAACUUUAUCAUAGCUGCUUGGAACUAAAUCUAAAAGAAAAAUAAUAAAUAUCCCUUCAAGAGAUCUUUUAGUGCAUGAUCGCAUAUAUGAUUUAAAUUAUAAUAUUAAUAAACACUGGUUGAAACCAGGUUGAAUUGAAAAUUAAAAUUGUAUAAUUGUUUCUUUAUAUAAAAACUUUUGCUAAUUUCUUUGUAUACCCUUUAUGAUGAUCUGUUGCAAUGUCUUAGUAAAUUUUCAGCUGCAAAGAAAUUUAUUACAGAGUAACAGUUAUGUUGUUUUUAUGCUAAGACAAGAUUAUGCUCAAUUGUUUGCGAUAAAAAUUCAUGGCUGUGUAAUAGUGAAUGGCCAAAGCAGGUGCUGUUGACACAGAAAACUACCUUUAGUAGAAUUUUCUCGUUAGAUAUUGUAAAUAGACCUUCACUUACUUUCCAUACGGUAAUGGAAUUAAUGCAUUGAUACUGUAUAAACAUUUAAAUUUACAGAUGUAUUUUUUGUUUUCCCAAAAUGAUUUUUGCUUCAUGUGUAGGUAAAUAGGUCAUUAAAUUCUAAAAAAAAUCUGUGUUUUGUUUUCUGAUUAUAUGUAGCAAGGGAACCUGAGAUUUUCUUGGAAUCGGCAUAGCUGGAUCAAAUUCCUGCCUUCAUAAUGAACCAUGUGAUGAUAGCUGAGCCACAUGGUAUACAAUAAUUGUCCUGUUAUUAUUUUGACUUUUUAAAUUUAGUUAAUUAAAUGUUUUUAUUAAGAACCAAAUCUUAUACACUAUUUUCAAAAUAUAAAAGAAAGUUAUACUACUUUUCAUAAUAUAAUACUUAAACAAAAAAAUAAAAUCCUACCAAAUUUGGUUGGACUCUCUUGUGAUGGUAAAGAUUGUAUGUGAGAGCAUGCAAUGACAACUAAACAGGUAGCAAGGUUCAUACAUCAUGUGGAUUCUCUACAGAAGACCAUGUGUUUCAUCCUUGCCCCUUAAGACUCAGUUCAAUACAAAAUUCAUACCAGAAACAGAGUAUGAGUGACCUCUAGCCAGACAAUUUACCAUUGUGUGCAAAGUACAUUUCUGCACCCACUGUUAUGGCUAAAGUUCUUGCUAGUUGAAUUUUUGUGUGGUUAAAACCUUUAGCACUUAAAAGCAAAGUGAAAAUGGCUAUGUGCAAACAGCAUUAAACCAGAACAGCCUGCGAGUAACUCGCAGUCUGUUCAGGUUUUAUGCUGUUUGCUUCUCAUCAGUAUCUAAGGGUUUGAAUGAAGCCUUUAAAACUUGAAUCUAGUAAGAUAGGUAUUUAAUUAAAUUUAACUUUCUAAGGGACCACAAAUGCGUAAAAAUACGUAUCUAAGUGGUAAAGGUUUAUAGAGCAAUAUGCAGCAGAUUCCCAUUUAAGUGGUUACCUGGGUCUUUUUGUGCCCAGUGGGAAGCAUCUUGUCCGUAGUUUUGCAAAAUGUCAAGUAAAAAGUCAAUAGAUAAACCAAUAUCCAUUACAUUCAACAAGCAAAAAGACACCUAAUAGAAUUUGAAAAUAUUUGUUCGUUUAUUGAUAACCAUCAAUCUAAAUAAGAAAAAGUAUAAAGCGUUUUUUUAUUUUGUACCUACAAUUUAUCAAAAACGUGUAUUACAACCAUAGCAUGUAAACUGCCAUCCAUAUUUACCAGCCUGCAUUGUGUAAUGUAACCGGUUAGCUUUUGCUUCCACAGGUAUUGGGUGUGAGCCCUGUGGCAGGCACAUUUUAAAAUUAUAUGUUUUUAUUUAAAUUAUUUAAAUCUUUCCACAAAGUACAGUUUUGUCAGUAAGUUCAUUUAAUUGCAUUUAUCAAAAAUAUAAGAAAAAAGUCCCUUUAAUUCUUGUGCAAGAGAGUUCGUUUAUUUUGGGUGUUACAAUUAUUUGCCAAUGUUGCAUAUGAGCUGCUCUUUAAAAAAACAAGGCUUAAUGGUUGAUCAUGCGCAGGCUUAACCAGGAGGAAGUCCCUAACCAAAAAAUCCCGUUUAGGAGGAAAGUAUCAUCCCUAAUUAGCCACUGCGCACAUGCAUUAACCCUUUCAGUGCUGGAACCGAAUUCUGAAGGCCUUUGCAAACAGUUUGGAUCCUGAUGAGACGCCACAGAACGUGGCAUCUCAUCAGGAUCCAAACUGUUUGCUAUUUUGAUAGUAUUCUUUGAAAAAAAUCAAAGAAAAUGAUAAUUUUAAAAAUUCAGCAGACAACAUUUUAGCAGACUACAAAUUUCCCAGCAUGCAAAGGGUUAAGCUCCAUUAUCCCAGAGCGUAGCUACUAUAUCUCGGCAUACAAGGAUACUGAAAGUGGCCAAGUCAGGAAAUAUCAGAUUCAGCUGUGCUGAUUAAGAUAAAUAAGAAACAUUUGUAAACAUAUUUAUUUGAACUUUUUAAUAUUUUUCCAGCCAUAGAAUAUGAUGGCACAAGUGUUGAAUAGUGGAACUUCAAUGUCUAUACACAAAAUAUACAUUGAUUUUGAGGUACACAAGACAAAAUUCUAAGGUUAGACAGAGCAGACAAACAUACAUAAUAAUACAUGGAUACAGAUUUUCUAGACAAUUUUUAUACAUGUUCACAUGAAAUACGUAUAAAACAAAAGACGCAAAAUAUUAAAAUAUAUUUAAUAAAACUUCAAGUUUUAUACCGGAAAUAAAGAAUCUGAGAUUAAAACUAUUUGUCAAUGGCCGUUAUCACCAUCAAGCUGUUUGUACUUUCAUUAAUAUAAAAUCUGUAUAAGUAACCAAUAAAAAUUGUCAUUUAUUAACAACAAUCUGAAGACCAUGAAGAAUGCAGGGGAGGUAAGUGUUAUUAUAUGAGUCGCACUCUGAGGAAAGGGGGUUUAAU